AUGGCCGCUGUGAUCGGCGACAUUAUCUCAGACACCUCAUAUCCUCAUACCAUGAUUGCCAACCCCUCCCUUCAACAUCAUCACUCACACGACUCUUCCUCUUCUUAUCGAUCCGGCAGCCGAUCACGACGCUCCACUACCCCGCGAGCGCAGCGUACAGCAGAACUCGCCGACUUCAGCAGCAACCACAGCUCUGCGACGUGGUCACACGCGCCUGCAUCUGCAUCGGCUUCAGAGCCAACUUCUACUCCAGCACCUGCGGGUCACGAAACCGCCCACGUGUCGGCCACUGGCGGAGCCUCACGCUUCCCCUCCCCGCCUCCAUCCUCAUCGCCCGCUGCUGCCACCGGCCCUGCUUAUGCCGAUGAUGCAAAGAGUCCGUCUAUGGCAUCUGACGCGAGGGACUCUGGUCCCCUAGGUCACGCUUCUCAGCCCGGCCCGACUUCUCACAACUCUUCUGCGCAACAGCCAUCUCCUGCAUCCGACGACUUCCAAAUACCUAACCCUUCUUUUCCUGUCUCUGGCGCAUCGUCGCAAACGCCAGCACAGACUGUCAUACACAUUCGUGACCUAGCGCAUAUCCAGAGUCUGGCCAGCGCCGACCUGCUAUCUGGCAAUGGCGGAUCUGGUAUCCUCAAUGACCCGCCUCUUCAGCAGAUGAAGUAUGAGAUUAGUGGUAUGCCCAUAGGGGAUAUCAUUGAGAUGGUUGCUGCGUUACUAACAAAGAUCACGACCACCAACGAUUUGCAGCACGAUGCAAUGCAGCGCAAUGUUGCUCAUCAACAACAGGCUAAUCAGUCUGGGGACACCAGUGGAAGCUCGAUCUCAUCGUUGAACCAUUCAGUUCUCGCUUUCCACGGUAAGAAUGUACCUGCUAUCACCAUCCUCAGCUACCUGUCGAGAAUACACAAAUACUGCCCCACUACCUACGAGGUUUUCCUCAGUCUGCUGGUAUACUUCGAUCGUAUGACCGAACGUGUCAACGAUAUGGUCACGAGGAAUGAAGAGAACCGACGGCAAACGCGGUCCCAGCAAUCAAACGCAACUUCCCCUCAAGACACCCCUAUGCGCGGUGAGGGCAUGGAUGUGGACGAGAGUGACUCGGACCUGGCAGAUGACGACGAUGAGGAAAUGGCUGACUCAACUCGACCAAGCCGGACAAGCAGCCAUAGGGGAGCUGCUACCCCUACUGAAUACAGUGGUAUUACAGCGGCGACAUACUUUGUUGUCGAUAGUUUCAAUAUACACCGUCUCAUCAUCUCCGGUGUGACGUGUGCAAGCAAGUUCUUCUCAGAUGUUUUCUACACCAAUUCAAGAUAUGCCAAGGUUGGUGGUCUGCCUUUGGUUGAACUAAACCACCUCGAGCUCCAAUUUUUGCUCCUCAACGAUUUUCGAUUAGCCGUUCCAGUGGAAGAUCUGGAAGCGUAUGCGACUAUGCUUGUCGAGUUUUAUGCACGAGAAGUAGUGGCCAAACAGGGGGUAACUGGAAACACUGAGUGA